GAGAAAAUGCCGGCCGUGCCUCUAGAUCGCCUGCGGAUUCCAGUACCCAAAGAGAAACUUGUCAACAUCCUGCCAUGGCUGGAAGAAGAGCUACCAAACAGCUUGCCAAUGUACCAUAUGGCGUGCAACAUUGUGGAGAACCGCUUCGACUAUCCGGAGAUGAAAUUCAUCGUCGAUAAGCUGCCGAAACCGUCCGUGUGCGUGUGUAAGCCCAUGCGCAGUAAAACAACACGCGGCUACCAUCCGAUCUUUAACGAUCACUUGCUGGUCUAUGUCCAUGCGCACUCCGUGAAGGCAUUCCGCGCCAUGCUGCGCUGCAACCCGGAACUGUUCAACUGGGGCAAGGACAUCACGUUUAUUGACAUACAUCCGGCGCUGGCGCAAGUGUUUCUGUCGAUGGAGGGACGUGGUGGUUUCUCUCGAGUAACUCCGGAAGAAGGAUGCCCGUCCGGGCAACGAGUGUUUAAUUUCGGCCUGGAAAGCUGCAAUUUGUCUCCGCUUCCGAUUCCCAGUGAUUUGCGGCUGGGAAUCCUUUCCCCUGACCAUGUCGAACAGAUCGUCCAAGAAUGCCGUUACACUCAUCCGUCCUGGAAGAAAGUCUUCCGUCACAUGCUGUCCCAUGGAUUUCCCAGCAUCGCGCUGUACGACGACAACGUCGCACAGGACUCGCGCAUCGCGUACUGCAUGUACAUGAUGCAUGUUGGCAUCGGGGCCGUCUAUGUCCAGCCGGCUUACCGCCACCGGGAUCUCUUCGGGGUGGUCAUCAGCGAGUUACUAGUGCAGCUGCAGACCCACAACGUGCCGUACGCGUCGGUGUGGAUGCAGACGGUGAAUCUGCCGUUAGAACCGCAGCUGGAGGUCCUGCGCGGUUUGGGUGGUGUCGAAUGCAGUCGUCAUAAUGUGAUGUGCUCAGUGACGUACCGGGCGCAGCCGGAUCACAUUGAUCCGUUUGAAGCGGUUCCCAUUGGGACGCGUCAGCAGCGUCAAAAGGUGGUGGAGAAGAAAAGCAGAAGCAAUGCAGAUUGUCCUCGUCUGCCGUUUUUCGAGACAACGAUUAACGAGGAUCCUAUUGUGCGGCAGUUUUGUCCAGAGUUGGGAGAAGCGACCAGUCGGAAGAUUCGGGACAGUGUUCCGUAUGGGAAACCGACCAGAUCGCGAAAACCGGAGCGGAAUGGUGGAGUGAAGGGAGAAGGUCCGGAUGCUGACGACGAAGGUUAUCAUUGUAAGACAUGA